AUCCAGAAGAGCCGUGGUGGUUGUUUGGACGGAGACGGUGGAGCUCGGCUCGGGAUCGACCGGACGCGGAAGGGGAGAGAGGCGGCGGGAUGACGCGGGGCAAGCAGAAGAUUGACGCGCAGCGGCGGAGCGCGGAGAAGAACCAGAAGUCCAAGGGCUCGCAGCUCGAGGCCCGCGCCGAAGGGCUCAAGAUCGUCUGCCCCGUCUGCAAGACGCAGCUGGCUAACGAGAAGCAGUUGAUUGAUCACUAUGGAUCGAAGCAUCCCAAGGAGAAACCUCCAGGCCCGUCCAACACAUAAUGGUUGUUGCACGCCGUGACGAGGAAGCAUGAGUUGUACCGGACCGUUUGCGAGAGUAGUGUCGAUCUGCUCCUUAAUUGCCUGGUUGACCUCAGCUUUAGUUUUAUCAUACAAGUGUAUGCAUUUCCUCUUGUUCCAGGAAAGAUUCCUGGCACCUGGUGAGCAUGUGCCCUCUAUGGGUAGAUACCCUAGAUGUACUUUCAACAUGUAUGUGGUACUAUCUUUGAAUAAAAUAAUGGUAAACUGCCAAUUAUGUUAA